UGGGGAAUCACAUCACCAUAUGGAACAGACUUCUUUCCCCACAGCGCCUCUUACUGGCGCGGUGGAGUAAUUGCAGAGAGCCACUUUUGACAAAAAUGCCUUUUUAGUGCAACCAGACACUAUUUUCUGACCAACAAAUCCGUUGAAUCAAGUUUCCGGUAUUUAUUUUAUUUCUUUCCCCUAAAUUGUAUUUUAUUGAACUUGUCUUUGUUUAUUUUGCGGUGAGAUGAGCCACGUUGAUGGUGGACGACAUGCGAUAGCUGCGUCCUGUUCGUUCUCCUGUCGCAAUUUGUCUCGAGGGCGUUGCAUUCCCAGCGCCUUGGAACGGUUUCAGGUGACGUCAUGAGAAGAGUUGAACUAAUCCCCGAGGCGCCCGCCUGCUGCUCGCUAAUCUGAUUUACAAGUGUGUGUGUGUGUGUGUGUGUGUGUGUGUGUGUGUGUGCGCGAUGCCCGUGUUUUACUCGCCGGUUCCCCACACCGUCGGUAACGUCGGCGUGGGCCCGGCCCACACCGGAACUUCGCACGUCGACAAAGAGCGGCGUGACCUCUCACCCUCACCUUCAGUUUCACGUUCAGCCUUGCCGUGCGGUGGUGGGCUGCCGUGCGACGUGGCUCUGCACAUGUUGAUCUACUUCAACGUGUUUUAUUUGCCCUGCUGGUGGUUUUCGUCCGUCUGCAUGCUACAAGUUAAGUUUGCGUACCUUCCGGGAUACUAUCAGGGCCUGCUGAUCAGCGGGAUCGCCCUGGUCACCAUCGUGGAAAUCGUCCGCCUUUACCUUGGCUACUUUGGGAAUCUGCACGAGAAUGUUGCGUGGCUGUGCUGCUUCUGCGUGCUGACGGUGUCGUUCCAGCUGCCGGUGCUGCUCUUCUUUGUGACCGACGAAGGCGUGCUCAUCUUGCCGCUGGAGCGCGCCGUCCACUCGCUGCUGCUGGCUGCCGCGCUGGCCCAGAUUGCGGCCGCCGCGCUGGCGUUGCGCAUCAUGACCAGGAAGCUGACGCUGCUCUUCCACCUGCGCCAAAUAGCCAAGGUGGACAGCUUUGGCCACGCCGCCAGCGCCGGCGCGCCCGUCCUCGGCCUCGGCCUGGCGUACCGACGGGUUACAGUUAGUUAGUGAGUCCGUCGCCUCCACUUUGGAACAUAUUUUUGGACAGCGUUUUUUCUCAGUCAUAUCAACAUCACUCUUGUACUGAGCACUUCCGACCACCAGAGGGCAGUCUGAGACUAGAAAUAAUCCCGAAGAUCUGCAUCAGAAGCGACAAAGUUUGCUUUUUCUAACUUCAUGAAAUGCUUUUUGUUAAUUGGGGCCUAAGCAGCGAAGCAGACGUUGCAUUUCAGAAUGAAUCGUCUUAGAGAAUUUAUCCAAUCUUCUCCAAACUUUGGGGCUUUCAUCUAAAGAUGUUUGAGAUGAAAAGUUACUGAAGGCGUGGCCGGAAACUUUUGAAAAUUUGCACAAACAUCAGGUCUGGCCAAACCUUUUCUAUUUUUGAGGAUUAUUGUCCUGUGUGUCAGUACCCCAUAUUGGCCAUGGUAGCCAGGGCCCUUUAUAACUUUUUUUUUUUUAACGGAAUCUUUCCAAAUCAAAGCGUAGCAUUUUAAAUACAUCAUACUAACAAGAGAAUCUUCACAUUUCCCAAGAAAAAUCUUAAAAGAUAUUAAAAGA